AUGCCACAAAUGCCUCUGGGAAAAGUGGUCCUUUAUAGCAGUGUGAUGUCUAGUGGGGUCUGUGCCCUUGGUUAUUACCUUAUACAAAAAGCUUUUUCCAGGGCUUCCUACUACCAGCUGGGAUUGGAGCAGCUGCAGAGCCACCAUGAAGCCCUGGAAGCUCUGGGCACUCCUCUCAACACUCACCAUCUCCAGCUCAUGGACAGUAACAACUUUGUGGACAUUGCUGAUGCCAAGUUGAAGAUUCCUGUCUCUGGAUCCAAGGCAGCAGGUCAUCUCUAUGUCAUCUCCUCCAGAGAGUCCCCCUUUAAAAGGUGGCACCUUGAGGAGGUCUUCUUAGAGCUUAAGGAUGGUCAGCAGAUUCCUGUGUUCAAGCUCAGACAGGAGGAUGGUGAUGAAGUAAAAAUGGAAAAAAGGUGA